GUGACAGGCUGGCUGGCUCGUUCGUUUGAUGACUUCUUUGGAAACACAAAUAUUUCUUCUAGUGCUGUUUCUGUGAAGCCACUAGAAGGCAGCUCUGGAAGAGGCCGGCAGCAGAAGACAGACCUCUGUGCUCUGCCAGAAAGCAGCAAAACCAAAGCUCUGCCCAGAAAAAGAGCAAAACUGUCUUCUGUGGAUCUGCCUUGCAGCAAGCAGAAACAGAACUGGCUCCAGGCUCAAGACGAGCCGUGGGUAGAUAGAUACAAACCUGAAACUCAGAAUGACCUUGCUGUGCAAAAGAAGAAAAUUGAAGAAGUCGAAACCUGGUUAAAAAUGCACAUAUUUCAGAGGCAACCAAAGCAGGGUGGCUCUGUUUUACUGCUGACUGGUCCUGCUGGUUGUGGUAAGACUGCAACUGUACAAGUAUUAGCAAAAGAUCUUGGUGUUCAGGUGCAAGAAUGGACCAAUCCAAUAUCUUUAGACUUUACAAAAGAAGACUUGAGGAGCAUGUUUAGCCAUGACUCAGAUUUUCAUCAGUUUCCAAGUCAGGCCCAAGCAACUCUAUUUCAAGAUUUUCUGUUAAGAGCAAAUAAGUAUAAUACACUUCAGAUGCUUGGGGAGUCUUCAGAAAAUGAUAAAAAGCUGAUUCUUGUUGAAGACAUGCCCAACCAAUUCUAUCGGGACCCUAGCAGUCUACAUGAAAUUCUCAGGAGAUUUGUUCGUACGAGUAGAUGUCCUCUUGUGUUUAUAAUCUCAGAUAACUUCAGUGGAGACAGCAACCAGAGGUUACUGUUCCCAACAGAAAUUCUAGAAGAGUUGUGUAUAUCCAAUAUUAGUUUUAAGCCUGUUGCACCAACAAAUAUGAUGAAAGUUCUUAAUCGAAUAGCUGCAACAGAAGCUAGAAGGAACAGAGAAAAGAAUUAUGCUCUUGAUAGAACUUCUCUGGAGUUGCUUUGCAGAGGUUGUUCAGGCGAUAUAAGAAGUGCAAUAAACAGUCUUCAGUUUUCUUCUAUGAAGGGUAAAUACCUAUGA